AGCAAACUGAAAAAAAAUAUAGCUUGGCUCGCCUCUUGAACAUUUCAACUCAUUCUUCUCACUUUGAAAGCGUAAUUGUCCAACAUGGAACGAGUCUUGAAUACAGCUCAAAAAGCUUGCCCUUUUUUGCAUAACGCUUCGGCUGCAACCCUUCGUAAUCUGUCCACCAAGUCCUCAUCUGGUACUUCCAGCAGCAGACUCAUCAACAAGGCUCAACAAUGCCCUGUCAUGGGCAAAGCCAUGGCUGUUCAGACCUCCCGUUUCCACACCACUACCAAGGUUGCUACCCCUACUCCUACGGUUCCUAGAGCUAUCGCCUCUAAUGAAUCCAAGAAAGCAGCUGUGACUCCUGUCUCGCACAACACCACUGGCAACAAGUUUGAUUAUGAAUCUUUUUACAAUCAUCAGUUGGAGAAGAAGCACAAAGAUAAGAGCUAUCGCUACUUCAACAACAUCAACCGUUUGGCCCAAAAGUUCCCUCGUGCACACACUGCUCGCCCUGAGGAUGAAGUCACCGUUUGGUGUGCCAAUGAUUAUCUUGGAAUGGGUAGAAGCCCAGUUCUUAUUGAAAGCAUGAAGCGUACUAUGGAUCGCUACGGAGCUGGUGCUGGUGGAACUCGCAAUAUUGCCGGUAACGCCGAUCUUCAUCUUCGCCUCGAAAGCGAACUAGCUGACCUUCAUCACACUGAGGGAGCGCUUGUUUUCUCUUCCUGCUAUGUUGCCAACGACGCCACUUUAUCUACCUUGGCUGGCAAACUCCCUGGCUGCGUCAUCUUCUCCGAUAACCAGAAUCACGCAUCCAUGAUUCAAGGUAUCCGCCACUCUGGCGCACAGAAGAAGAUUUUCCGUCAUAACGACCUUGCUCACUUGGAAGAGUUGUUGCAAAGUGUCGAUGUAUCCGUUCCCAAAAUCAUUGCUUUCGAAUCCGUUUACUCCAUGUGUGGUUCCAUUGGCCCUAUUAAGGAAAUCUGCGAAUUGGCCAAAAAAUACGGCGCCAUCACCUUCCUGGAUGAAGUGCACGCUGUCGGUAUGUAUGGCCCACGCGGUGCUGGUGUUGCUGAGCAUUUGGAUUUCGAAUUGAAUGCUACCCAACCUCACGGCGGUAAUGGAUCGGUCAUGGACAUGGUUGAUAUCUACACUGGUACUCUUGGCAAAGCCUUUGGCGUUGUUGGUGGUUACAUCGCUGGAAGUGCUUCUUUGGUUGACAUGGUCCGUUCGUAUGCUCCUGGUUUCAUUUUCACUACCUCUCUUCCACCCGCCGUGGUUUCCGGUGCUAUGGAGUCUGUCAAGUACUUGAAGCGCUCUGGUGCUGAGCGUACCAAACAGCAAUUGAACACGCGUGUGGUGAAGGAUCGCCUGGCCCAAUUGGACAUUCCUGUUGUUCCUAACCCCUCCCACAUUGUUCCCGUUCUUCUUGGUGAUGCCGAACAGGCUAAACUCGCUUCCGAUACCUUGUUGUCUGAAUUCGGCAUUUACGUGCAAAGUAUCAACUACCCUACGGUCGCUGUUGGCGAAGAGCGUCUUCGUAUCACUCCUACUCCUGGUCAUAACGAAGAGAUGAUUGAUCACCUUGUUGAAAGCUUGGAGAAGAUCUGGUCUCGUCAUAGCUUUAAGCGUGUCAAGCAGUGGGAAGCUGAAGGGGGUCGUGCUGGUGUUGGCAUCAAGGACGCUAGCAAGGUCGAACCCAUUUGGACUGACAAGCAAUUGCGUAUUGGCAAGGUCUCUGAGACUAGCACUCAGACUCUGGCUAGUGCAGCUGCUUCUGUCUAAGCACCCUUUCCGCAGAGUCUGUAGUCCAUGACCCUCUUAUCCUGCCUGUGUAAUUUUCGGCUUCAUAUACAAAACAAAAAUGCAUUUAUUUUUUUUUUGGAUUCCCUCGUUUAUCUUUUUACCUAGUCAUUAUUUUACUUAAUGCUCUCUCGGCGCCUUGCCAUUUGGGAGACCUUGAGUUGACCCAGGCUCUGCGAUGAAUAAACCCGACCAUAGGUUUUUUUUGUUCGUACCGUUAUUUAACAGGACUUUGUCUUUGGUUGGGAGUUGGCUUUAUUUGGCUUAUCAUAAGAGUGGCUGGGGUAAUAUGGUGGC